UGGCGUCGCGUUCAUUGCUGUGACGCUUUAAUUUAUCAUUGUUGUGUUUUUUAGUUAUAUCGUUUCAGAAAAAUUGAAGAACAAAUUUUAACAUUACAGAGUGGAAUGUGUUAUGGCAACACCCAACAGUUAUAAACAAAACGCAUCAAUGUCGAUGCCAAGUCCUCAAAACAACCCGCACUACAUGAUUGCGGGGGCACCAAUGAGUUUCAGUAUGAUGAAAGGCGGUAUGAAUGCACCGCCUCACCAUAACCAAUACCAGUACCACCCACAAUACCAGGGUGGGCCAAUGGGCCACCCGGGGUACGGGUGGCAACCACAGCGUUUUGGUGCAGAGAGUGCAAGGCGGGCCACGUCAGGGUCAAGCCAAGCGGCCCAAAGUGGAAAAGAUGAUAAAACUAGUCCAUUUGUAUCUACUGUUCAUUCUCAUCCUGGAUUCCAACCACAAAAAAUUGGGAAGGGGCUUGGUGGGAGUGCUGGUUUACCAAAGCCCCCAAAACCGCCAGAAAAGCCACUUAUGCCAUACAUGAGGUACUCCCGCAGAGUAUGGGACACGGUAAAAGCAGCAAACCCUGAUCUAAAAUUAUGGGAGAUAGGACGUAUUAUUGGUGGAAUGUGGAGAGACUUACCUCAAACUGAGAAGUAUGCCUUUGUCGAUGAAUAUGAAGCUGAGAAGUCGGAGUACGAGAAAACUUUGAAGGCAUAUCACAAUUCACCGACCUAUCUUGCAUACAUUGCUGCCAAGAACAAAGCUGUCGUUGGAGCCUUGGAAGAAGAAAGCUCAAGUAAAAAAGGCAGCUCACAAAAAGAACAACAGCAGGACAGAAGAAUUGACAUUCAGCCUGCUGAAGAUGAAGAAGAUCAAGACGAAGGUCUGUCUGUGAAGCACGUGUCGUACGCGCGUUAUUUGAGAAACCACCGCCUCAUCAACGAGAUAUUCUCCGAUACAGUUGUACCAGAUGUGAGAUCUGUUGUUACUACCGCAAGGAUGCAGAUUCUGAAAAAACAAGUUCAAUCGCUCACAAUGCAUCAGAAGAAACUGGAAGACGAGUUGCAACAGAUUGAGGAGAAGUUUGAAGCCAAAAAACGCAAGUUUAUUGAGAGCAGCGAGGCUUUCCAGGAGGAACUUAAGAAGCAUUGCAAACCAGCAGUUGAUGAAGAGACUUUCACUCGAAUGGUCGAGAGAGCCCUAGAGCAGAUGAGACGUGGAGUCAAUCCAGCUCAUACUACUGUCAGAGAGAGAAAGGAUGAGCCUGCCAAUGAACCGAGUCAACAGCCGAUAAAAACAGAAACAAAUGGACCAAAUGCGCCAACGCAAGUUGACAAAGUCUCCACCAGUGAAGUGAAGAUGGACGAGAAUAUGACCACAGAGCUGCAAAAACCGGAAAAUAAAGAGGCAAUACCGGAUAGUACACCGGGACACGAGAAUGAGGGUGAGCGCAAAGAAGAGAAGCCCCAUGAAAUGAAGAUGGAAACUAAAGAUGCGCCUGCGCAUCCGCCACCUCAAGCGCAUAUAGCCCCGCCCAAUGCAGGUAUGAUGAUGCCACCAAACCCUAAUGCGCCUGCGCAUCAGCCACCUCAUGGAGGUCCACCUCCGCCACCAGGUGGCUACGGUGGUGCAUAUGGUGGACGAUAUUACCCGGGGUACGCGGGUGGAUACCCGGCCGGAUAUCCGCAUUAUUACCCACCCGGACCGGAACAUUACCCGCCGCACCACGCGCAUCCGCAUCCUCAUCAUGAGAUCAAGCCGGCUGAAGAGCCACCCGCCAAGAAGGAGAAUGAAUGAUUGUCACCGAAACGCGUCGUCAAAAGACGGCGCAAGUCCUCCUCGAAGGAGGGCGCUUAAGCUCAACACUGGAUCCACUCUUGAGUGCUUACUAGCUUCUCCAAAACCCCUCAUUGUCACGUUAAAACUACGGUAUCAGCUCAUCAACCUUCACAAUAAUAAUGAGAUUCAAUCUGGUGCAGAGUGGGGAUAUGAUCAAAAACGUGCUUACUUCACUAAGUCUACUGACAGAUUUAAAAUGUCAAAGUUGACAGUUGUAUUUGUAGUGUUUCGCUCGCUGAGAGUGCACUCAAGUGUGGGUUAAGGUUUUAAUGGAAAUUGGACUAAAAUUGGAUAAUAUUAGAAGACUUUAAAAGAGUGACAAAAAGUUAAAAAAUGUAUGUCUGUGUGAUUGGUUAUCUACAAUUUUUAAUGGAACGCGCGUGUUUUGUAUUGUAAGGUAUAUUGUUUGUUUUUAUAAGUAGGGUAUAUUGGGCACUAGUUUAUAAAUAUUAAAAUAUGGUUUGUAGCAGAAAUUCUACACCCAUUAGUAACAAUUGGAUAUAACAUUGUUGGAUAGAUAUUAGAUUAGAGUUAGAUAUAUCUAACUAGAUGUUAAAAAUUGUAUAUUUCUAGUUUCUUAUUAAACACAAUAUCAAAAUUCGUAAUUUCGGUUUUAAUACCAUCAUGUGGGAUGUAAAUAAAUACCACUCAAAGAAGGAAAGUAACUUAGGAAUAUCUUUAUAUUAUGCAGAAUUUGUAAUUUUUCUUAAUAAUUAGGUGUAAUGUUUAUACAUAGAGUAUAAUUAGCAUAGUAAUACUUAUGAUUAAAUACAAUAUUUUUAUAUUUAUCUCUCAUUCUGUACUCUAUUGCUGUUUCUGCCAAACUCAGCUAUGAUUGGUCGACCAGACAUAAUUGUUCCAUUGACUUCGUCUAAUGCUUGUAUUGCUAAGUCUUCACCUGUUAGAAAUAAAUGUAUAUUUAGUA